AUGAGCGAACGAAAAGGCGCAUACGGCGCAAAAUCCGCCAGCGAUACCUCCUUCCGCAAAACAUGGGACCGCGAAGAAUACGCCGCGAAGGCGGCCGAGCGCGACCAAAAGGCCAAAGACGAAGCCAAAGCAAGACAUGAAGCCGCCGCGGCUGGCAAGAAGUACAUCCGACGAGCUUCAACACCCGAAGAUGCACGAGACACAGAGGCGCGAAAGGCUAGGCUCAACGUCGCGGAACAAGUGGGCAAGACCCAGCUCGUAGCAGCCGGUGCUGGACAAGGAAAGCGUGGCAAGAGUGCGGGUUUCUACUGCAAUGCUUGCGAUUUGACGUUCAAGGACAAUCUGCAGUUCGUGGAGCAUCUGAACAGCAGGCAGCAUUUAGUUGCGACUGGCGAGAGUGGCGAGGUCAGGCGGGCGACGUUGGAUGAGGUCAAGGAGCGGUUUGAGUAUUUGAAGAGGAAGAUGGAGGAGGAGAAGGCGAGGGAGGUGGUGGAUUUGGGGACGAGGAUACAGGUUGCGGCUGAGCAGGCGGAGAGGGAGAGGGAGGAGAAGCGGAGGAAGAGGAAUGAGAAGAGGAGAAAGACGAAGGACGGGAUGGGAGUUGAGGAGAUCAAGGUCGAGAAUGAUGGGGUUAUAUGCUGA